CCCCCGGGCCAGGAAGCGGUGUGCCGGAGGGAGCCGGAGCCUCCUCCGCGGGGGCGCGGCCGCCGCGAGUGCGGGGCGGCUGAGGGGGCGGUGCCCAGGGUCUGCAGGGCCACCAGGGCCACCGCCAGCCCGGCAGCGCCUGUCUCGGUGGCCGUGGGCGGGGAGCCUGGUGGGCGGCGGGGAAGGAGGCCUCAUCCGGCGUCGGUCGCCGGAGCGCGGCCCUUGCCUUUUCGGGGGUUUCACGUUACGCGGCUUUGCUUUUAAAAAGCACGUUCUGAUGCGUGUUUGUAACCUAGCGCGCCCUCGCCUCCGCUCGGGGUUCUGUUUCGCCUUAGCGGCAUCCGCGGUGCCUCGGGAGGAGCAGCCGCACGAUAUUGGGGUCUGAUCUGCAGCUGUCACGGGGAGGGCAGCUCAGCAGUGAGGGGCGUGCGCUGUGCGCUUGAGGUCUUGGAGUUCAUAGAAUUAUAGAAUAGUUUGGGUUGGAAGGGACCUAAAGGGUCAUCUGGUUCCAACCCCCCUGUUUUUCUGGAUGAAGUUUCUCUAGCGUUGGUAUUGGGCUGUAGAUCAGUUGUUGUCUUCUAUGAGAAAGAUUAGUCGAGGUUGUGAAGUGUGUUGAGUGAUCCAGGCUUUUUGGUGGGGUGGGAGUGAGGCAGGGUGGUUUGUUGAGGUUUGUUUUGAUAUGUGUAAUUUCUGUAGAAAGCUGGAUAAAGAUACAAUUUAUCAUCACAAAUAGAUUUUCACAUAGCUUUGAUUUAGCAGAAAUUUAGGAUUUAUUAAUAGUUUUGAGGUAGAUCACAAAAUUAGGUUAUGAAGGUCUUGGCAGCGCUUAAUCAUCAGCCAGUUUUACAAUGUGAUUCAAUGAAAUUUGCUACAAUCAGAACUGCAGCUUAGUUAAAAGAUUCAAGAACGGCAAGGUUCAUGGGAGACUUACUGGAGGGUACUGGAGGGUUUCUAAAUCAAAUCACGCACACACUGACACAGAGAUACAUACAUAUACAGACACAUAGAGGUUAACCUAUGAUCAAAAUUUCCCUUUUUUCAAGUUUAGUGAAUUACUUGCUUUUAAUGCAUUGGCAGUCAUCAAUUGAUCGUUGAAUCUCUAGAAGUAUGAUUUCGUACUUUUCCUUUGCUAGCAUUUGUUAGUGGACAGUCUUUGAAUCCUUGUGAAGUAUACUCUGAGAAGCACCCCAGCGCAGGGGGAGAUGCUGGCCACAGGCUGCUGUGAUCCUGGAGAGCUCAAAGUGUCUCAUUUUGGAUUGCUAUUUAUAGGAUAGGUUGAUUGCCUUUGUCAGUGUUUUUCCUUUCUGGCUGCAAUUCAUGUUAGGUAAUUCUGGUGUUUUCUGCCAGCUGUACAAUUCCAGUACUUGUCAGAUUGUGCAGUUCUGGUACCAUCCAGCUUGGGCUACGAUCCAGGCAGCAGAAGUUCCAGGGCUCAGGGAGUGCCUUAUUGCUCCAGCUCACUGCACUUGUAACACAGGCAAAACCACAAUGGAAGUUUUCUCCCAAAGCAAGCAUGGCAGAGUGGCCUGGGGUGGCAGGGCUGCGUCACCACAUCUGGUGAGACUUUGACAUUUGUUGUCAAAUUCCCAGUGGUAGUCAUAGAUGACUGCUUCCUUGACUUCAGUAUUGCUGGUUAUAAUAACAUGCAACUUGCUUUUGGGAGUGGAAGCAGGAGAAAAGCCCUAAUAGCACUGGUUUGGAAGCUACAGUUUUAGUUUAGGACAGUAUUUAGAGAGAAAGAAUGCUUAAGCAAGUAUUUGGUUUUUGAUCUGAAUUGUUUUCAUUGCUUAAUUGUUUUUUUUUCUUUCUUUUUUUUUUAAUUGAACAGAUUUAGUAAAAAAUGUUUUGGUGGAUAUAUGGCAGUCUGUGAAGAAAUCAAUUGAUCACUUUUUGAUUUGAUAGAAUGGAACUCUCGGUACUUCUACAGCACUGGUGCGAUCUUCUAAAUGGUGAAAGCAUUAAGUAAAUGACCUGUUACAGUUAAUGCUUCUUCUAGAAAUCUCAUGUCAAGUGUUUGUUUUUUUUUUUUAAUUCAUAUGCUUCUCAAAAUGCCAACAAAAUUGUUAUUGCACUGUGUGCUAGUAAUCCUUUGCUCAAUAUCAUAACAAACACUUGCAUUGUGGUUUUACUGAUAGUCACCUAUAACAGCAGUUGAACUCUGAAGCCGAAGUGAUUUGAGAUGAAGUUAUUGUGAUUUACCCAGCUUCUACUGUUACAAACUGCAUUUAUACAAAUACAACUACUUCAUUAUGAAGUUUUUUCUUGGCUAAAUCUGCCAACUAGACUCGGUAAUAGAGUUGUGAGAGCUUAGUUAAUACACUUCUAUUGCCAGUUUGUUGACAGGAAAUUGUGGCGAUCAUUUAGUACACAAUAGUAAUAAAAAAUACAAAAGUAUAAUCUCAUAAAUCAUCUCUUAAAAUCCUAUAAAUUUGUAACAGUUAUGUUGCAUUUUACUUGGAUUUACAUAGUUACACUUACCACACCAUGCAAAGCCUAAUAACAUUAGAAUAUGCAACUCUGUCAUGAGUUUACAUGGCUUUAAUUUAGCAGCAAAUUAGGAUUUAUUAAUAGUUUUGAGGUAGAUAACAGUAUUGUUAUAUAAUUUUUAGCAACACUUAAUCAUUAGUCAGUUUAACAAAGUGAAUCAAGGGAAUUUGCUAUAAUCAAAACAGCGACAUAAGGAUUCGAGAAUAGCAGGGUUCACUGCAAAUGUACUGCAGGAUUUCCUAAGUCAAAUCGCACGGGCAGACACACAUGCACAGAGGUACACAGAUAUAAAAAUGCAGAGGCUGCCUGUAAUCAAGGUUUUCCUGUAAUUACUUACUUUCAAUGCAUUAUCAUUCCUCAACAGGUGAUUGUUCAGUCUCAAGAAGUGUGACUUCAUCAUUCCCUGUCACUGACUUUGUUAGUGGACAGUCUUUGAACCAUGAGAAUUUUAUCUUGAGAAGUAUCUCAGCUCAGGCUGAGAUGCUGUCAACAGCCCAUUGCGAUCCCAGAGAGCUCAAAAGGUCUCAUUUAGGAUUGCAGUUUAUAGAAUGUUGACAUGAUUGACUUUGGUCAGUAUUUUUCCAUUCUGACAAUGAUUCAUGUUAGGUAAUUCUGGUGUUUUCUACCAGCUAUACAAUUCCAGUACUUGCCAGGUUGUGCAGUUAUGGUACCAUCCAGCUCAGGGUACAAUCCAGGCAGCAGGAUUUCCAGGGCUCAGGGAGUGCCUUGUCACUCCAACUCAGUGUCCUUGCCAGGCAGCAGAAGUUCUAGGUGCAGUCAGGGAUUGCCUCAUCGCUCCAACUCGCUGCACUUGUACAAAGGCAAGAACACAAUGGGAAUUUUCUCCCAAAACAGGCAUAGCUUACCCUAAGACUGCGGAGUGGCCUGGGGGAAGGGGUGCACACCACCACACUUUAACACACAGCUGCGACUUGAAAAGUUUCCCAAUUUGUAGUUGAAAAUUUUACAGUAAAUUAGAAAGGUCUGGAAAAUCACUUUGUGCUUUCCCACUGCAUGUUGCUCUCUCUAUGCACCUCUCUGCAACUCUUUGUUUUUUUCUUACAUCCUAUUCUGAAAGUUUCCUUAAGAGUUAGUGAAAGUUGAGAUUAAUGAAAGUUGAUUAUUUCUUUAAAUUAUCUUCUGAGUGGCUUGAGAACCAAUCAGUGAUUCAGUGUAUAAUCUAUAGAUGUAUAUCACGGAUUGAGUGAAACAGUUGGAGCUUCUUAUUGAUUUACAAAACUCCACUGGAAGCUUAAGAAAGUCAGUCUUAAAAAGCUGGGGCCAGAAAGUCAUCUCAUAACUAACCCAGUAAUCAGAAGAAUAAAACAGAGAUGAUGGUGACAUGCAGAAGAAAGAGAAGAGAGUAACUGCAGUUCCUAGAGAAGGCUCCAGACUGCCGGCUUGUGGUGAAUGUAGCAGCAUGGGUGUAGCAAUAAUCUAAAGGUCUAGGUUCCCCAUAAAACAUGCAGCCUGAGGUGUAAGUAUGUGAAAGAACAUAGUCAUUUGGGACAUUAGGAAGGUCUGUGCAAGGCAUAUUGAUGGAAAGAAACCAAAACUUUUCGUAUUUAACUGCAGAAGAGUUAUUUUUUUCUUCAUUUUCCCCCAUUUAUGCCUUUAUAACCUUUUUAUCUUUUUCAGAUAUUGUGAAUAAACAUAUUUAUUUGCACGUUUAACUGAACCUGGCAUAAAUUAAAAGUGAUCUGAUAUUGACAAAAUAUUAAAAAGUAAUUUCUCACUCCAGUCCCUGGAGAAAGCUGCAAGUAUCUGCCUCCCAGUUAUGUUUUAUAGAGUAUCAGAAAGCUAAGUGAGCAUGCUCCCAAAUAAAUUGUUUGCAUUCUCUGGAGAACAGCUGUUACAGGUUCAGAGAAGAAGGAAAUGUCACUGCUGUAACUGUAAGUAACCAGCUCUCUGUCAUUCUCAAUACUGGGGUGCACAUUGAACUUGGAAUGCUCCCACGGAGGCUAUAACAGGAGCGUAAAACCAGUUGGAAAUUAGAUUAAGUCCUUUUAUCUGUUCCUACUGUGACAGAACUUGAAAUGUUCCUUAAAAAUACCUAUUUAUCUGUCAGUAUUAUGUUGCAUGUCAUUAGACCCUUGCUGCAGACAGAGGUUUGUAUUCUGGGUUCAUCGUAAUCUGAUUUUUUCCUUCCUUCCAGCUAUUUCUUUCUUGGUAGUAAAGAUAACCUCAGUGCUGCAGUGACAAAUUGAUGUAGUUCUGUUUGUCUGAAUUUUUAUACCUUUGGAAAUAUGUUUUGUAAUGGCAUGUUGAUAAUACCAGUGUGGGCAGUAUUAACAGUUUUGCUGCUGUUACCUCGUUUUAGCAGAAUUGGGCAGUUAAUGUAUUUAUCUCCAAACCUGCUCUGGUAAAAUUGUCUUCCUUACUGAAUCACUCAAACCUUUGGCUUCAUCUCUAGGAACUUCUGCAUAAGUGAUGCAUUCUCAUAUGGAAUCAUGAAGACUACAUAAAAAAAAAAUAGUUCUCAAGUCCAAAACAAGAAUUGCUGCCUUUUGUAUGAUUUGAGGGUUGCAGCAUCUUUUCCACAGUGCCUGCUGUUCUGCUUCUGUGAUGUUUGGGAACUAUCUUUCUUCUGAGAAUAACCAGUCUGGCCCAUGUACAGUGCCCUAUACCAUGACUGAUGAGCUGUUCAGACUGGGAGAGAGAUACGGAUUUCUACCCAGAGAAGAUAAGCACCGCUGCUGCUAUUGAAGUGUUCUGGCAAGUCUGAGUUGAUCUGGAAAACAAAGAUGAUACUAUAUAGGUAAACAUUACCAAAUGAGGAGAAAAGGAAGAUGCCAUCGAGUAUCGGCAGCAAGGCAUUCUUCUUCCCCAUGCAGUAUUAAACACUCCCCCACACGAGAAACAUUGACGUACGCUCAAGCUCAAAGAAUGGUUGAAAUAGAAAUCGAAGGUCGCCUGCAUAGGAUCAGUAUAUUUGAUCCUUUAGAAAUUAUAUUAGAAGAUGAUCUUACAGCGCAGGAAAUGAGUGAGUGCAACAGCAAUAAAGAAAAUAGUGAAAGACCACCAGUUUGUCUAAGAAGCAAACGGAAUAAAAAUAACAAAGUGAAAAAGAAAAAUGAAGCUCUUCCGAGCUCACAUGGCGUACCUGCUACAACAACUCCUCUUCCAGAACCAAAAGUACGGAUUGUUGAAUACAGCCCCCCUUCGGCUCCUCGGAGGCCUCCAGUUUAUUACAAAUUCAUUGAGAAGUCGGCAGAAGAGCUUGAUAAUGAAGUUGAGUAUGACAUGGAUGAAGAAGAUUAUGCAUGGUUGGAAAUAAUAAAUGAGAAGCGGAAAAGUGAUGGAGUGUCAGUUGUUUCACAAAAUAUGUUUGAAUUCCUUAUGGAUAGAUUUGAAAAAGAGUCUUACUGUGAGAACCAAAAACAGGGUGAUCAUCAGUCUUUAAUUGAUGAAGAUGCAGUGUGUUGUAUAUGCAUGGAUGGUGAAUGUCAGAACAGCAAUGUGAUCCUGUUUUGUGAUAUGUGUAAUUUAGCAGUACAUCAGGAAUGCUAUGGGGUGCCAUAUAUACCUGAGGGCCAGUGGCUCUGCAGACAUUGUCUGCAGUCCCGUUCUCGGCCUGUAGACUGUGUGCUGUGCCCAAACAAGGGAGGUGCCUUUAAAAAGACUGAUGAUGAUCGUUGGGGGCACGUGGUAUGUGCUUUGUGGAUUCCAGAAGUUGGAUUUGCCAAUACAGUUUUUAUUGAGCCAAUUGAUGGUGUCAGGAACAUUCCCCCAGCCAGAUGGAAGUUAACAUGCUACCUCUGUAAACAGAAAGGUGUUGGUGCCUGCAUCCAGUGCCACAAAGCAAACUGCUAUACUGCAUUCCAUGUGACGUGUGCUCAAAAGGCCGGUCUGUAUAUGAAGAUGGAACCUGUCAAAGAACUAACUGGCAGUGGGACAACUUUCUCUGUAAAAAAGACUGCCUAUUGCGAUGUACAUACUCCGCCAGGUUGCACACGGAGACCUCUGAAUAUUUAUGGAGAAGCUGAAAUAAAAAACGGUGUUUGUAGAAAGGAGGGAUCAGUCAGAACUGCUAGGUCUACAUCAAAAGUCAGAAAAAAGACAAAAAAGGCCAAGAAAACAGUUGUUGAACCCUGUACAGUUAUGCCAACAGUAUCUGCUCCUUAUAUACCCCCCCAGAGAUUAAAUAAGAUUAUGAAUCAGGUGGCCAUUCAGCGGAAGAAGCAAUUUGUUGAACGAGUGCACAGUUACUGGUUGCUUAAAAGACUCUCUAGGAAUGGUGUUCCUCUGUUGAGAAGGCUGCAGUCCAGUUUACAGUCACAAAGAAACACACAACAGAGAGAAGAUGAUGAAGAAAUGCAAGCCUUAAAAGAAAAAUUGAAAUACUGGCAAAGGCUGCGCCAUGAUCUUGAAAGAGCACGUUUGUUGAUUGAACUUAUACGUAAGCGUGAAAAAUUAAAAAGAGAACAGGUUAAGAUUGAACAGGUUGCUAUGGAACUUCAGCUUACUCCAUUUACUGUACUUCUGCGAUCAGUUCUGGAUCAGCUGCAGGAAAAGGACAGUGCUCGUAUAUUUGCUCAGCCAGUGAACCUUAAAGAGGUUCCAGACUAUUUGGAUCAUAUUAAACAUCCUAUGGAUUUCUCUACUAUGCGAAAACGGUUAGAUGCUCAAGGCUAUAAAAACCUCAGUGAGUUUGAAGAAGACUUCAAUCUUAUCAUAGAUAACUGUAUGAAAUACAAUGCAAAAGAUACAAUAUUCUACAGAGCUGCAGUGCGGUUACGAGAUCAAGGAGGUGUAGUUCUCAGGCAAGCUAGGCGAGAUGCUGAAGGAAUCGGUUAUAAUAAUGAAACUGGAAUGCACUUACCUGAACGGCCUAAACUUGAGUCACCUCAGCCUUUCUCUUGGGAAGAUGUGGAUAGGUUACUGAAUCCUGUGAACAGAGCACAUAUGUCCUUGGAAGAACAGCUAAGAGAGUUGCUAGAAAAACUUGAUCUCACCUGUGCAAUGAAAUCCAGUGGGUCAAGGAGCAAAAGAGCAAAGCUGUUAAAGAAAGAAAUCGGCAUUAUUCGCAACAAACUAAGUCAGCAACACAACCAAGCUCCUCAAAUAGAAACAGGUAUUGGAAGUUUUGAAGAAGAAACUGCAGCGUUAGAACAAGAUGGAGAAGAAGAAGGAGAUAAAUCUCCCCCUAAACUUGAACCAUCAGAUGCAUUACCUCUUCCUUCAAACUUGGAGACUAAUUCAGAACCACCAACCCUCAAACCAGUAGAACUCAAUCCAGAGCAGAGUAAGCUUUACAAAAGAGUAAAAUUUGAUAAUGAAUUAUAUAGCACUUCCAUUCAGAAAGAAAUAAAUGGACACACUCCAGAACACUUACUUGACAGUAAUCUCAAUGAGUCGACUGUUUCUGCUGUAGCUGAGUCAUCAACUGAUGUAAACAGACGUACAUCCAUUCUCUUCUGCAAAUCGAAAAGUAUAAGCCCCCAAAAGUCUGCAAAGAACACUGAAACCCAGCCAACUUCUCCACAGCUAGGGACCAAAACCUUUUUGUCUGUAGUCCUUCCAAGGUUGGAGACACUUCUGCACCCAAGGAAAAGAUCAAGGAGUGCUUGUGGAGAUUCUGAGGUUGAUGAUGAGUCCCCUGUAAAGCGCUUGGAUACAGGUCUGUCAAAUGGUUUUGGAGAUGGAAGUAAAGAGAGAGCAUUAGAUGAUACUCCGGGAAGAAAAGUUGAACCUCGUCGUCGCUGUGCAUCAGAAUCUAGUAUUUCAUCUAGUAACAGUCUUCUGUGUAACUCAAGUUUCAGCCUACCGAAGUGUGGUAAAGGUAAACCUGCACUUAUACGAAGACACACACUGGAAGACCGAAGUGAAUUGAUAUCAUGCAUUGAAAAUGGAAACUAUGCCAAAGCAGCGAGAAUUGCAGCUGAAGUUGGUCAUAGCAGUAUGUGGAUAUCAACUGAUGCAGCAACAUCUGUUCUUGAGCCUCUAAAAGUAGUAUGGGCCAAAUGCAGUGGAUAUCCCUCUUACCCAGCUCUGAUUAUUGACCCGAAGAUGCCUCGUGUUGCUGGCCAUCACAAUGGUGUUACUAUACCAGUGCCACCUCUGGAUGUACUGAAAAUUGGAGAACAAAUGCAGACCAAAUCAGAUGAGAAACUGUUCUUAGUACUAUUUUUUGACAAUAGAAGAAGUUGGCAGUGGCUUCCCAAAUCCAAAAUGGUUCCCCUUGGGAUAGAUGAGACUAUAGACAAGUUAAAAAUGAUGGAAGGCCGUAACUCAGGCAUACGAAAAGCAGUAAGAAUUGCUUUUGAUCGUGCUAUGAAUCACCUGAGUAGAGUCCACGGAGAACCAGUCAGUGACUUCAGUGAUAUUGACUAGCAGAUUCUACCAAGGCAUGAAAAAUACCACAUAGACUUGAAAUCUACUAAUGAACCUCUUUGUCUAAAAGAAUGUAUUGAAGAUACAACCCCUUAAUUGUUGAUUCAGUGGCUGAGUUCUGCAAACUUGAAAUAGUUGAGCAAUUCUUCUAAAUCACCAUUGCCAUAUUGAUUAAUGAUUUUGUCAUGUUGUAGUUUGGAGGAUUUUCCACUAAACCCGUUAAAAUGUCUUGUUCAUAGUGUUCAUAAUUGUACAUAAAUGUAUAUUCAACACUUAAGUUAUUCUGAUUUUAGAAUUAGGUCUUUAAUUCCUUUUAUAAUUUUGCUGGGGAGGGAGUUGGUUUUUGUUUCCAUGCUUUUUACCUUUUUUUUUUUUUUUUAAUUUUCUGAGGUUAAGUUACUGAAGCACCAUCUUCCAGCUUGAGGUGUUUAGUGGAUCUUAAAGCCUAAUAUCAAAAUGGCAUCACAUAUAUGUUUGCCUAAUCAUACAGUAUGGUGCUGCUUGUAUAAUUUCCUCGUUGGUCUGUAGCUUCUGAAAAAGACUUCUGAAUGUUUGUGUAAAUCGUUGCUCUUUGCACAAAGUACCACAUAUUUAAGAUUGAUGUAAAUUUACGAUUACAAAUAUGUAUUUUAAGAAAGGAAGUUGCAUUAUUUUGGAGGGUACUUUGUGAGAGAGACAUCAAGAAAAAAGUUAUACUAUGUACAUCACUUGCAAAUCACCAAAAACACUCCAUUGUUGCCCAAAAUAACUUUUAAGAUUGUUUUUGUUUUAAACAAACCUGGCUUAAAGCCUACAAGCACAUUAUUUCUUUCAAAACCAUAUCCCAUUUAUCUCCCAUUGAUUUAAUUUUGUUGAUAUGUGUGCCUCCCUGUGUUUUAUUUAUUGUAGAAAAUGUAUUCAUUUGCUUUAUAAUGAAAAAUAAAAUUGACAAAUAUAUUGAUAUGCAUUUUUAUACAGGCACAUGAGAAGACAACUUGCUUUGGGAGAAAAAUGUAUUGGAAAUUGUAUAAAAUAACUUGAUGGUUUGUGUGUAAUUUGAUUUUUUUGUAACUUGUAAUCCUUUUGUUCCAAUGAGGGGAUUUAUGUAACUUUUAAUUUAGAACACUUUGGUAGCAAUAGAAACUUUGGAUACAUUUUUGUAUGGUACAUGUGAUGUAUAUAGAAUUAGUACUUUAUUUUUAUUUUUAAGAAGUAAAGCAUUAUGUUUGGGCAGGGGGAAGAAGGAGGGUGGGUUUCCAGAACUGCAUUUUUAUAUUAAAAAGAAAAAAAAAUAAAGUCAAGAUAUUGAUUGUUGUAGCUACUUUAUUCCUACCUUCACUAAGAUACUGAAUUUGUAACAAUGAAAUUGGCAAGGUAUGUUUGCAAUGUGAUUUAUAAUGACUCCAUUAUUUAUAAAUGCACUGUGUUUGAACUCUCUUGCAGUGGUAUCUUAAAUACUGUACCAAGUUAUAUAAUAUGAAACACCAAAUAAUGCAUAUGAAUGCACGAAGUAUUUAUGCUCAGCUUUUUUAUAAAGGAUUAGCAAAUACAGCAAAACCAAUACUUUUUAAAUCUUUUUUUAAAACUUCAUUGAAUAGCAUACUUCAUUGUUAAACCUGCUUGAAUCUUUAUUUUAAAGGGACGAUUACUUUUGAAAUAGUUUUUAAUGUUUUUAUUCUCUAUUGUUUGUAAUACCCCCUUAGAAGCUUGAAAUAAAAUUUCUUUCUCAACUGUUAAUUUUGUCCUGAAUUUAGCCCCUGAGACUUUGCUGUAGUGCCCGUUUUCUUACUCCAUGACUAAGUUGCUGCAGAGGGGCUGCUUCAAGAACCUGAUUGUUUUCUUGCUGUGGCAUGCAGCGUCGUCCUUACUGAAUCCUCUGCAUGGUAGGUAGUGCUAGUUAUGCUGCAGUAGCUGGGACCAGUUGCCUAUUUUGGACUCUAGUAAUUACAAAGAUCAUUUAAAUAAAUUACACAAAUGAUCAACUGAAUGGUUUUCUCAGUCUUGACAGCACAGCUUUAGGGGGAGUGAUGAUGGCAGAUAUCCUAUAAAGACCAUCAUUGAGGUCUGCUGCUAUGACAGAAACAACAGCCGCAUUGGGUAGAUAAAUAAAAAUUUGGUUGUUUGCCUUAAAUAGGACUUCUAUAUAAUGACUUCUCAAGCAUCUGCAGUAUAACUGUGCUCAUCUUCGAAGGGAAUGGAGCUUAAUUUGUGCAAUAUUG